AUGUCGACCACAGCGAAGGAGGAGACCACCAAUCCCACCGCCUCAACGAGUGGGGUCGAUGCUCCUUCCAGCACUGAAACCCGCUUGGCGCCGGAGGCUGGCGCAGGAGGAGGAAAGAAAAAGCACCCUCAAGCCGGUCGAUUCAUAGAAAACAUCUCCACACAUGGAUCUCGUGCUUCUGUUGAAGACCAACCCCAGCCCCCUAAGGAGGGAGAGAUUCCAGAAACAGAAAUGCGUGCGGUCCAAGCCAAGCCUUUCCGAAGAGUAUGGAAGAAGAAACCAACGUCUGCACCCGUACAGAGGUCUACUUGCACUGCUACGAAUAGGGGUGGAGCGGGAGGCGGGCAGAACUACAACACGCCUAGUACGGAGGAUAGUACUACAAGUCAAAACCCUUCUUCUUCUGAUCAUAAGAAGGACAGCGCAAAGCACCACAUCUCCUCUUCUUGCAGCGACGAAGAAGUGGAAAGAGGCGAUCAAUACCACAAGACAUUAUCAGCACUCUAUCCCCUAACCCAUUUCCUCGGGUUUCGACCUCUUUCACACCCCCAUACACCCCCAUCCCGUCGCUUGACCCCUUCGGACGCAGCCUUUAACCGAUUCCACUACAUCUGUGGCCGAAUCCUCUCCUUGGGCCUCCCCGUAACUGGCUCAUCUGGAUCUCUGGCCCAAUUGCGUAACCCCUCAACCAACCGACUGGAAUUGAUGCAGAUGUAUUCCGCCCAAACCCGUUCCCACAUCACCGACACAAUCCACACCACCAUCUCUGCCUUCGUAAUCAUCUCGUUGCUCUCGCUCCUCUCUCGCUCGCCAUUCCACCGUUCUCACCACUCACCGCUCAUCAUCGGAGCCUUCGCCACGGAAGCAGUAGUCUCGUUCUACGCUUACCGAACCCCUCUUGCUCAACCGAAGAACAUCUUACUCGGAAACACGCUCUCUUACAUCAUCGGCAUGGCGAUCCAGCUAGCUUUCACAACCACCAAUUAUUCCGUGUCUGGGGUCUAUGGGUUCGACUGGGCCGCAGCAGCAUCGAGCGUUGGUGCAGCGGUGCUGGUUAUGGAGUUGUUGGGGGUCGUUCACCCUCCAGGAGCAGCAUUUGCACUUUUAAGCGUGACAAGUGAACCGACUGAGAGAUUGGGAUGGUGGUUAGUGCCGAUUACCGUCAUUGGGAGUUUGGUUGUGGUCGCCUGGGCAAUGGUGGUUAAUAAUCUUGGCGGGAGGAGGUGGCCUGAGAAUUGGCUGUAUAAGGGAGCGGUGAGCGAUUUGCCGGUGAUUGGGCCGGAAAGUCUUCCGUUUGCUAACUCGCCGAUUGAAUGGCCCCAACGGCGAGAGAAUGGCGGGCAGCCGGGGAAUAAAAGAAAGAGAGUAGGAGAGGAGAAGGGGAAGAAGGGGAUGGAGGAGAAGGAGAUGGGGGAAAAGGAGAAAGGAUUCUAUCGAGUCCCAAAUUCAGGUACAAAACUUACCACUCCUUACACCCCUCAACCCCAGCAUCCAGCACCGGCAGUAGUGGUGAAUAGCAGAAUGAUCCAAGAUCCAACCCUCACCACCACCCAGGUCAUUAGGAAUAACAGCAAGGGAAGCAAACACAGUCGAAGAUCGGUUGUCGUACAUGUGAAUCAUAACGUCCGGAGUAUGUCCACGCCUGCGGUUAGUAUGGGCGUGGGAGAGGGAAAGGGAAAGGGGAAGGAACAUGUUCCCGCUGCUGUUCCCACUGUUCCCGCUGUUCAAUGGCGUACACUUGAGCCUGGCUCUGCUUUGUAA